AUGGAGCCAUCAUAUCAGCCCUCGUCGCGGUUGCUGGAGCUGAUUGCCAGUGUCCUCAGUAUACCAUGCUCGAACCUCGACGCAGCGAGAACGUUCACCGGAAUGGGAGGCAAUUCGCUUCUUGCCAUUCGGUUGUCGGCAGAUUGCCGUCAAGCAGGCAUUGCACUUUCGGUGGAAACAAUCAUGGGCUGUGACAAUAUUGAGCAGCUCAUGGGUCUGGCCGGGCGUGUCGUCGAUCAAUCGGACAGCUGCACCGCCACCACGCCCAUCCAAGCCCACGAUCACAAUAGCAUGCCCGGUAAAAAGACCAUUCCAGGACCCCCCCUGACAGAGAUUCAACUAGCCUUGAUUCAUGGCACGCAGCGCCAUCCCACCCGGAACAUCAUCAGCUAUUUCGAGACCUAUCCGUCGGAGCAGCUUCCCAUCCUACGUCACGCGUGGCAUACAGUCGUGUCCAUGGAGCCUAUCUUCCGCACCAAAUUCGACCUGCGAGAUGGCAGUCAUCUCGUUGAGCAAGCCGAGGCCCCCUUCAUCUGGAAGGAGCAGACAGUGGACUCGUGUGAGGCAUAUGACCGGGCCUUGCGCGAGACUCCCGCCCUCCUCCAGCUGGCGCCGGGACAGGAGUGCGAGUCCAUGUGGGGAAAUCGGUAUGAUGUAGUCACACUGGACCUCAAGGGAGGAUCGGCACCUGCCCAGGGGAGUAUCAGCACCAUUGUCUGGCGGAUCCAUCACGCCCUCAUCGACGGCUACUCAGCCGCGCUUGUGCUGCAAAAGGUCCGGCGAGUGGCCGCCGGUCUGGCUGUUCAACCAAGCCCUUCAUUUACGACGCUGGUGGAAGAGCUCGGCCAACUACAGAGCAGCUCACAGGAGGCGGCUAAGGAGUUCUGGCAACAGCAGUAUGCGCAGUAUGGGUCAGCUGGCGGAGAGCUCCAAGUGCCGCCUCAGCCGAAUUCCAACAAAGAAGAGGGCAUCGAAGCAAUCUCCUUCCAGAUGCCCGGCGAGGUGCCGUCGCAGGCGCAGGCAGCUGGAGUCACCACGGCCACAAUGUGCUAUGCAGCGUGGGCACUGGCGCUGUCCGUCUUCAUUGACUCGGAGACGGUGGUGUUUGGAGCCGUGUUGUCUGGACGCAACCUGCCGCUGGCCAAUGUCGAGACGACCAUCGGGCCUCUCGUCAAUACCCUCCCCAUCCAUGUCCGACUUGACCCGACCCAAACGGUACCACAAAUGCUCCAGCAUGUCUUCCGACAGCUGGUGAAGCUUUGCACGUUUCAGUGGACGUUACCAGAACAUGGAUACGAUCGGAAGUUUGCCUCAGCGCUCAGUAUGCAACUGGAACCGACCAGGAUUGAUGUUGACGCAGCGGGUGUUCAACCUCUGACGCCUCCAUACUCUCGCUCCAAGACCGACUUCCCGCUCAGCAUCUUUAUUGAAACCGAUGGGACAGUUCGUGUGCAAUACGACCGCAGCGCAUUCCCCUCCAGCACGGUUGAGCUCAUCUCCAGUCACUACCAGCGGGCAUUCACUCUGCUGUGCGAUCUCAAUGUCACGGUUCAGCAGUGUCUUGACGAUCUGCUCACUCCCGAGACCCGUCAAACCUUGCUCCGUUUGGGGAAUUGUACGUCCCCUCUGACGUCGUUCACUGGCGUCGAGGAUGAUCUCGUGAGCCUGUUCAUGUGGAACGUAUCAGAGCAUGCAAAUCAACUUGCUCUUCAGCGAGGAAAGCAUAGUAUGACCUACGCAGAGCUCCACGAGGCCUCGAGCAAAGUUGCUCAGCGACUGCUCAAGGAUAUCAAACAAGGGGAUACGGUAUGUCUGCAUGCUGACCAGUCCCUUGAGUGGAUCAUUGGCAUCUACGGUAUUCUCAUUGCUGGGGGGGUAUACUGUCCGCUUCACGCCAAUCUGCCCCAAGACCUCCGCAAUCAGUAUGCGGCCACCGCAGGGGCAACACUCUUCCUCGUCCCUCGGCAGCAUCAGAUGCACCUCAAACCAACUGAGUGUACUUCGGCGGUCUCGGUCGAGGAAUGUAUGGACGGUCCAAGGCAGGACGGUCCGGCAAUAUCGCCAUUAUCCACCCGCCAACCCAACCCAGAGGCCAACGCAUAUAUUUGCUUCACCUCUGGAUCGACCGGAAAGCCAAAAGGAGUGAUGUGUACACACGCCGGACUGGUUGCGUUUCAGCGGGACCGGACCGUGCGCCUGAUGGCCCGUCCAGGGUGGAAGGUAGCCCAAACCAUGUCCCCCGCGUUCGACGGGAGUAUCCAUGAGAUCUUCUCGGCGCUCAGUUAUGGGGCAACACUAGUGCUCCCACACUCAGCAGACCCGUUCUCCCAUCUGGCCAACGUGGAUUCGUGCAUUCUGACUCCAUCAGUGGCGAAUGUUCUUGACCCAGCUCGCUUUCCGACCCUGCAGACGGUCUAUCUGGUUGGGGAGCCCGUACCCCAGGCCGUCAACGACCGAUGGGCACAGCAAAAAGGUCUGUACAACAUGUACGGCCCUACGGAAGGGACUGGUGGCGCGACUAUCAAGAGGCUAUUGCCGAAACACCCAGUGACCAUCGGUCGCCCUAACCCGUCCACUCGGAUCUACAUUCUGAACCAGAGACAGACUCUUUUGCCGCCUGGAAUCACUGGAGAGAUAUGGCUCGCUGGUGUGCAGGUUGCCCGGGGGUAUAUUGGUUUGCCCGAACAAACGGCCGAUCGAUUUAGACCGGAUCCCAUCUGUCCAGACAGGGGCGAGAUGAUGUAUCGGACCGGCGACUAUGGAUACUGGGAUGUCCGAACUGGCGAGAUCGUGUGCCUAGGGCGCAAGGACCGCCAGAUCAAGCUUCGAGGCUUCCGACUGGAUCUCAAUGACCUCGAAAUUCGCAUGCUAAAGCUGCAUUCAUCCACCACAGCGGUGGCCAUCGCUCCAAACUGGGAGGGGAAUUACCUCGUGGCCAUGGUCACGCCAGCCUCUGUUGAUACCGGCAUGCUGGAGACACUGGCCCGGCUGAGACUUCCUCCCCACGGGCUGCCCCGAUAUAUCAUCGCUACCGACGAGUUCCCCAUGACUUCCGCCGGCAAGCUCGACUACCAGUCAGUUGCCAAAGCUCUUCCCAUGGCCACACCGCAGCCAACAGCGCAGCAGUCAGAUAGCCCGCUCCUGUCAACAACGGAGAAGCGCGUUGCACGGUUGUGGCGAGCCGUUCUAGGGCUGGAUCCAGGCAAAGCAAUAACCCGCUCAUCAAACUUUUUCGAUCUGGGCGGCCAUUCAGUGCAGCAGCUCCAUCUGGCCUCGCGCCUGACAGAGGAGUUUCAGAUGCGCAUCCCGUUCAAGGUAGUCGUGGAGUGCCCGACGGUCCAGGAGAUGGCCGAGCAGAUCGAUAGGCUGCUCGCGCUCAACGCCCCGUCGUCUCUCAAGGAGACAUUCAAUCGCCCGGCGAGCCGAGUGGAUGAGCACCAGCUGGCUCCCAUCGAGCUGGAAUGGUGGCACAAGUACCAACUGGGCGAGGAAGGCACUUCGGCCUUCAACGUCUGCUUUGCCGCACGGUUUGAUCCUGCUCGCGUGGACCGUCAUCGGCUCACCGCCGCGUGGAACACCGUCCUCGGCCGCCACACGCUUCUGCGGUCUCGAUACGUCUCAGAUCGCAGGGCUGGAGUGCGCCGCCGAUUGGCUAGUAGCCCGCCGCAAGUGCAUAGGGUUAGCCACAUGGAUCUGUGGAAGGAGGUCAAUCGGCCGUUCCUCCUGGCGCAGAAUGAUCCCAUCCGGGUGCUCAUCGCACGCGACGUGCUCCUGGUCGUGAUUAGCCACAUCGUCUGCGAUCUCACCACGCUUGAGCUCCUCCAGGCUGAGGUUGCGGGAGUAUAUCGGGGUGAUUCGUCGCCACGCAGCAGUCCCCGCGCAAACUACAUGCAUGUCAUGGCGCACAACUCCAUCUGCGCCAGCUGCGAUCUCGACUUCUGGUCGGAAUACAUGGCCGGAGUACCGGAUCCCGCGCGAGACUCCUUCGCUGUAGGCUCGGAGCGCACCAGCUACCGAGGCACAUCCACCGUCUUCCCCAUCCAGUCGCUGCUGGCGAGUCAGAUGCUCCGCGUCGCCCACGAGCAUCGACUCAGUCUCCAUCAGCUCGCCCUGGCUGCCGUGGCGCUGACCAUGCAGGCUGGCGAGCCCAAUACCCCAAUCGACCUCCUCCUCGGCGGCCCACAUCUCAAUCGCAAGACGCCAGAGGCGCAGGAGACCGUCGGACUCUUCCUCGAACCUCUCCCCAUCCGGGUCCGUGAGCCGGUGCCCUCCCCGGUGAAGACGGGACAGUUCUUACAGGCGGUGCGGGACUCUAGCCAGCGCGCGCUCGGUCACGCAGUGCCCUGGAACCAGUUACUCUGCCGUCUGAGCGCGGCGCAGGAUUACCCCAACCAUCCCCUGUUCGAUACCAUGGUUACGUUCCACGAUAAUCGAAAGAAGGAUCCCUUUCCGCUGCCUGGGUUCGACCCCAUCGGGAUCUGGGCUGAAGGAGCAAAGUUCAAGCUGCUGUUUGAGUUCUGCAUGGAGUCGGAUCAGGACCUGACGGUGCGGAUUGAGCAUGAUCGGGAUUGCUAUCCGGAUGUAGUGGUCAAUAGAAUCGUUGGUGUUUUGUUGCAUGGCCUGCAGUUACUUGGGGAGGAAACAUCGUAUCCAGCACUGCGAGCACAGCUGGCAGCCCGGGUUGAAGUGUGA